AUGUAUACCAAACGACUCGAAGCCAUCGCUAGCAAAAGCGCCACCUCCGGAUUCCGCACUCCACACUCCACACUCAGCACUGUGUUAAGUCUAGGAUCCGCUGCGAUGCCGGACUUGACCAGCAGUCUCCUUUCCAACUGGAAGUGCAUUGCAGCAUGCACUCUCGUGUCGAUGUCGCCGUUUCAAUACGGCAUCGAUUUUGGUGCCAUCGGUGGCCUCCAAGCUAUGCGUGGCUUCCUUCAGGUGUUUGGGCACCCUGAUCCUCAUUCUCCUACGGGCUACAACAUUUCCACCGAACGACAACAACUCAUCUCUUCUUUGAUGACUUUGGGCGCGUUUCUGAGCGCCUCGUUUGCUGGCGCCUUUGCGACGAAGCUGGGACGACGACACUGCUUGUGGUUGGCGAGUGCUCUAUGCUGCAUCAGUAAUGUUGUUAUGAUGACGACCACGAACAUUGCGGGACUAUACAUUGGGAGACUGUUGAUUGGGCUUGCGAAUGGCUGGUACAUGACCUUUGCGCAGCUGUACAUCCAGGAAUCCUCACCAGCUCGCUACCGUGGUAUGAUGAUCUCUGUCUUCCAGAUCUGGACUUCUAUCGGCACCCUGAUUGGCACUGUGAUCGACAAUGCAACGCACGACAUGGAAGGCCGUAUGUCCUACAUUAUCCCGCUAGGUACCAUCUACAUCGUCCCUGUUUUCAUGUCCAUCGGGCUUUUCUUCAUCCCUGAAAGCCCUAGAUGGCUUAUCCUGGUCGAAAAGCCUAAAGAAGCCGAGAAAGCGUUGCUAUGGAUGCGUCCCCACCCGGAAAGCGUUGCAGGCGAGGUGGCAGAAAUACAGGCCGCCAUUGAUGCUGAGAAGGCUACCAAGGCGAAUGCAAACUUCAUCGAUAUCUGGAAAGACCCCGUGGAUCGUCGGCGCACCUUGUUGGCCAUCGCAGCGGUGAGCACUCAGGCUGCUUCUGGUGCUAUGUUCAUGAUCGCGUACGGAACGUACUUCUUCCAGAUGGCGCAAGUUGGCAGUCCUUUCAUGAACUCCUGCAUCCUUGUCGCGGUGGGUGUCGUAGCCAUCAUGGUGAACAGCAGUGUUAUAUCCAAGAUCGGUCGUCGACGGGUUUUCCUCAUGACUGGUCUCUCUAUAUGCGGCAUUACCCAAAUCAUCAUUGCCGCUGUGUAUCACGUUAAUCCCGGUACAACGGAGACCGGCAGGGUAAUCGUCGGGCUAUCAGUCAUAUACAUCAUCGGUUACAACGGCAUGGUCGCAGCAUAUGCCUGGCUCACCGGUGGAGAAAUCCCCAGCCAGCGUCUGCGCUCGUACACAUUUGGAAUGGCAUCUGCAGUUGCUUUUGCAGGAGCCUGGCUUGCCACAUUCACUGCGCCAUACUUUAUCAACCCUGAUUCCCUUAACUGGGGUCCUGAAUACGGCUGGAUCUGGGGCCCUUCAUGCUUCAUCACCGUUAUCUGGGUGUACUUCUACCUACCCGAGAUCAAGAACCGCACGCUCGAGGAGAUUGACGAGAUGUUUGAGGCUAGACUUCCAGCGCGCAAGUUUAGAGAGUACGUGUGCACUGGAAGGUUUGUGGUUGAUGGAGACGACAAGACAUCCAAGAGGCGCGAUAGCGACAAGGAUGAGACCAUCCGACGGGAAGUUGUUGCCGUUGAGAAGAGCGGCUGA